CUGAAAGUUUUUACAUCCGGUUCACUUGACGCAACAUCUGUGUACCCACGCCAGGUUUGCGGUUUAUUUCACGUGCGAUUCUUUUAUUUAAACGUUUUCCUUUAAAAGCAUCCUCAUCGGCAAGCGGAGAAAAUGCUGUUGAGGUGCAUUGUUUCCGGUGGUGCGAAGACAAACAAGGAAGGGUGUCCCGCAGACAUCAUUGUAAAAAAGCUUCAACCUGAGAAGCAGGAUCCCCUCCAUGUUAAACAGGAAUGGGAAAUGCCGUACAUCAAACAGGAGGCGGAACCAGAGACCCCUAGCAUUAAAGAAGAAGAACAGGAAGAUGGAAUCCCAAAGUUUCCAAUGACUGUCAGUGUGAAGAUUGAAAAAGAUGAAGGUCCAAGUGAAGAGAGCUUAUUUCCACACCUCACAACAAAAGGAGAGGGACGAUCGCAACCGGACAGCCUGUUAGCUCUGCUCUCCAACAGUGACGACAUAAUGUCACAAUCUUCUGAGACUGACACUAAUGAUGACUUUGACCAAAAAACUUCAAAAUCCCGAAACAAGUCUUCACUAAAAAGAGAAACUCAAGAAUGCGCGACUGGGAAACAGUUUGACUGCACACAUUGCAAUAGAAGAUAUUCACGGAAACAUGACUUGAAAAGACACAUGCAUACACACAUCGGUGGGAAGCCUUUUGCCUGCUCACUUUGUGAUAAAAGAUACAUCACGCAGGGAGUUUUAAACAUUCACACAAGAACACACACUGGAGAGAAGCCUUUUGCCUGCACACUUUGCGAUAAAAGAUUUUCUCAGAAGUGUAACUCAGAAAGACACAGGUAUGCACACACUGGAGAAAAGCCUUUUAUCUGCUCAAUUUGUGGUAAACAAUUUGCUGAUAAGGGAAAUUUAAAGAAACACACUAACAUACACACUGGAGAGCAGCCUUUUGUCUGCACGUGUUGUGGUAAAAGAUUCAAUUCGAAGGGAGAAUUAAACAGACACACAAGCAUACACACUGGAGAGAGGCCUUUUGUCUGCACACUUUGCAAAAAAAGAUUUUCUCUGAGAUGUAAUUUAAAAAUGCAUCAGCGUACACACACUGGAGAAAAGCCUUUUGUCUGCACAUCUUGUGGUAAACGAUUCACCCAGAAGGGAAAUUUAAACAAACACACUCUCACACACACUGAAGAGAAGCCUUUUCCUGCUCCUUUUGUGAUAAAAGAUACUGCGCAAAGGCAAAUUUAGACAUUUACACAAGAACACACGCUGGUUUCCCUGCUCUCUUUGUGGUAAAAAAAAGUAAGCCUUUCACUUGCUCAUUUUGUGAGAAAAAAUUUUGUCGGAAGAAUGAUGACGAGACACACACGUACACACACUGGAGAAAAGCCUUUUCCCUGCUUCGUUUGCUAUCAAAUAAUGUUUCAGAAGGUAGAACUAAACUGUCACACUAAAACGCACACUGGAGAGAGACCCUUUUCCUGCUCUCUUUGUGGUAAAAGAUUCACUCAGAAGGGACAAUUAGUAAGGCACACAAGAAUGCACACUGGGAAAUAACCUUUGAAUGGCAGUGUGUGACAAAAUAUUCGGAUUUCUGCCACGCAUUUACAGUGGGAAAAGCAUUUCAAUUUUCUUAUUCAGUUUCCCUUGAGAGACUGAGACCAAUCUGUUUACUGUGCUUAAAAAUGUCUGCCGUGGACAGCAAGAACCCAAAUCAAUUAAGAUGUAAUUUAAAAACGUGACACCACUAUCACAUUGAUAAGCUGCUGGAUUUUUUUGUUUUCUUGAAAACAUGCCGAAUAUUCCCAACAGUCGUCCCGCUUUCGGCAGUAACACACUAGAAACGUCAACGUCGCGUCAACGAUCCCGCCGCAAUAAACACAGUGAAACGCGGCCGUUAAGGUCAAUCAGCCAAUGCACACCAGUCACAGUGCGACCGUGUGUUGGACGCGUCCCAGAAGCGCUCAACGCGUCACACUCGAAAAGAACAGCGGAGUUUGUUAUUUGACGCGAGACGCGGCCCCCCUGCGUCAAUACUACUAGGUAGGAUCGGGCAGGCCGGAAGUCAUUCGUGUAAAAAUACGGUGGAUCCGGUCGAUUUUCAAAAUAAUAUGCAAUCGUAACUUACUAUAUAAAUAAAAUGAAAUGAGCUAAAACACCUGUAAUCAAUACAAAUAAUACACAAAUCCUGCUACACAAUUAAAUUGAUUAAUUUUUGCGUGGCACUUUAACUUGAGAAAAAACAUCAAUAAAGCUUAGAAAAAUGUUCAUAAGAAAAAAAAUGGUUGAGGCAUUUAAUUUGUAAAGUACAUGUUUAAAUCUUUGUCAUUGGGAUUGCUUUUUGCUUUAGCACAUGACUUCUUUUUUCGUCUUUCUUUCAAAAACAAAGCUGGCCAAUACGCGGGGUCUGAAAGGCAAAAUGUUGUUGUUUUAUUAGCUUUAAAUACCCGCUAUUCUCGCGCGAUCUUGCAAUCCUCGUGUGAACCGAUCGAGCCGCUCCACAGACGCGCUGCUCGUUAAACGCGUCCUAUGGAAAUUGACGCUGAGCGUCACUGGUGCGUUAUCGCGGCGGGAUCGUUGACGCGACGUUCACGUUUCUAGUGUGUUGCUGGCGUUAGUCAGUGUUACGUCAGUAAACCAGCGAGCACUGUUGUCAUCAUAUAAGGUGGCAUACCAAGUUGCUCAUUGCAACAUCAUAGCAAAGGCACCGAUACUUCCUGCAGCAAAAAUAAAAGCUGUCCCUCUGUCCAAUGUCUUUUUUUGUUCUAUUUUUUGUUUUUUGCCAAGUUUUUUGGCAUAUUGUAUUGAUUUAAUUGUUGCUAAUCAAUUUGAAUGUAUUGUGAAUGAUUGAUUUUAAAUUGUUUUUCUAGUAUCAAUUGGUCAAAAAAUGUACCUUGAGUGUAUAUUCUGUUUUGAUGUGAUUUUUUUUAUUUUAUUUUUUUUUUAAAUCCAGGAAAAUUG